GUUCCGGCAUGGAGGAAGAUGUCAAAUUAGUAAUAAAGGCCAUGCUGCUUUAUUUAGAGCUCAAGACAAGCUGUUGAAAUUUUACAUUUGAAGCUGGGUUCUUCAGGAGUUGUAGGGUGACAUGGCCUGUUGCCUUAGUGAAGCGGAAAAGGAACAGAGAAGAAUCAAUCAAGAGAUCGAAAGGCGAAUUCGGAGAGACAAACUAGAGACUCCACAUGAGCUUAAAUUAUUACUGUUAGGUCCAGGAGAGUCUGGUAAAAGUACAUUCAUCAAACAAAUGAGAAUAAUUCAUGGAUUAGGUUAUUCAGAUCAAGACAAAAAGGAUUUUAUUAUACCUGUAUGUCAAGAUGUUUUUAGAGCCAUGCAAAGUUUAAUUAAAGCAAUGGUUAUGCUUAAAAUACCCUACAAAGAUAAGAAAAAUCUGGCCCAUGCUGAACUUGUCAGAUUAGUGAAUUGUCAAACUGUUACUGCGCUUGAUCACCAGUUUGUUGUAGCAAUUAAAUCAUUGUGGGCAGAUUCUGGUAUUCAAAAAUGCUAUGAUCGACGUAGAGAGUAUCAGCUUACAGAUUCAGCUAAAUAUUAUCUGAAUGAUGUUGACAGAUUGGCACGACCAAAUUAUGUUCCUACUUUACAAGAUAUUCUGAGGGUGAGAGUACCGACUACAGGUGUUGUAGAAUAUACAUUUAAUUUAGAUUCUGUUAUAUUUAGAAUGGUUGAUGUUGGUGGACAAAGAUCGGAAAGAAGAAAAUGGAUUCAUUGUUUUGAAGAUGUGACAUCCUUGAUUUUUCUAGUUGCUAUAAGCGAAUAUGACCAAGUAUUGUUUGAAUCAGAUUAUAAUGAAAAUCGGAUGGAAGAAAGUAAAGCAUUGUUUAAAACAGUAAUUGCAUAUCAGUGGUUUCGAAACUCAUCUGUUAUUUUAUUUCUAAACAAAAAAGAUCUGCUAGAAGAAAAAAUUUUAUAUUCUCACUUAGUAGAUUAUUUUCCAGAAUAUAAUGGCCCAAAGAAGGAUGCUACUCGUGCUAGAGAAUUUAUAUUAAAAAUGUUUGUUGAUUUAAAUCCAGAUAGUGAAAAGUCAAUUUAUUCACACUUUACUUGUGCUACAGAUGAAAAGAAUAUUAGGUGUGUUUUCGCAGCCACAAAAGAUUUUGUCUUUAAAAGGAAUUUAUGUGAGAUUGGUAUAAUGUAAACAAUGACAGAUUUCUUCUCAUCAGUGACAAAUGUUAUAAUUAUAAAUUGUUCAUUCUUAAAAGUUUGGUUUAAUUGCUUUAAAGGUCUGGAUCACAACCAGAACUUGGAUCUUAAGGGGGUUUGAAUUUUGUAUCUAUUCAUUUGGCAUUUAAAACAUAGUUAAUUAUUAAUAUUAACUAUUAUAUGAAAUAUGGUUUUCCCAAAGCUCAUAAUUAGCAUCAUUUGCAACAAUAAUCAUUCAUAAAAUACAUUUACAUAAACUUUUUUGUUCAUUACAGUUUAAACUUUGUUAUACUCGUUUCUAUGCAUACUCUUUCUGGCAGUUUUUACUAAUUACUAUACUUUAUUUUAUAUAUAUUUUUAACCAAUGCCUUGCAUUCUGGUUAUCAUUAAAGUUUUUAAUUUUAAAAUUAUCAUAAAUUUUUUUUUUAAACUUAUGAUAUAAUUACUGGAUUUUGGCAAAAAUUAUUAGGUGUAGGUUUUUCUGAAAUUUUAUAAAAAAAAAGUUAAUGCACAUUCUUUUUUUAUUAGAAAUGAUUUUAUUUCUGCUAUUUAUUUAGAUAGGCCAUUGAGAUCCCAAAACCUGAUUUAAAUAUUUCACGAGACAAGAUUGUAUUAUAAUUCUAAAGCUAAGCCAAAAACAAAACUAUUUUAUUCUUUUCAUUUUCUGCAUUUUGAGUGCUCUGAGAGGUGCAUUAAUACAUUACCAAAUUAUCACAUUUUGCAUUCAAAGAUACUACAUAGUAAUAUUUAUUUUUGGUCAAGUUUAUAUUUUUAGACAACUUUUUGCAAUAGUCUUUUUAGUUCUAACAACCCUGUCUUUGUUAUUGUUCAAAAUAAGUCUCUAGUCUAGGGCUUUCUCAUUUUUAUAUCAAACUUAUGUUUUUAUUUGAAAAUGUUUUGUCAGAUUAUUGAGGUGACAUUAGCAACAAAGAUUCAAAAAUUAUAAUGCCCAGCAAUGCAUGUACUUUAAAAUUCUGAUCAAGCCUGGAAUGAAAAUAUUUAAUAAAAAAUACAAUAAAUUCUGAUCAAGAGAUACUUCUAAUUUCGACUACAAAUGAAAAUAUAUAAAAUGAAGUUAGCUAGUCUUUUUUUUAUUCACUUAUUUGUGUUUGUUUCUGUUUAAAAAAGUUUUAACCCUAUUGCUGCGUAAACAAAAAUAAAUAUAAAAAAGGAAAUUUAAUACUAUAUCCCUGAUUUAACAUCUGCUUCAAAUUUUUCAAAAAUUGGAUAACGUCAGAGCAUGUGAUUUUUUUUAAAAUGUGAAGUUUGUUCAAAAGUAUUUAAUUCUUAAUAUUCAUAUUCCUUUUCUUGUGUUUUGUUUUUCUGUUAAAUAAAGAGGGUUAUGCAGUAAUAAGUUUCUUUAAUUGAAUAGUUGCAUUAAUUUAGAUACAGUUAUAUGUGUUCAUUAAUAUGCAUACGAAAGAGUGUUGGGCAUUUAUAUGUUUGGGCACGUUUUUCAAGCCCUGAUUAGCAAAUCACAGAUUUACUAUCAUUAGUAUAGUAAGUCAUAUAGCUCUGGAAAUGUUCUGUCACCCCAAACUUCCUCUUAUUGACUGAUGGAUUUCAAAAGUAUUAUCAAAGUAGAAAACUAAUUCAUUGUAAAUAAAUGAUAUUCUAUUGUUGAUAAUGUCAGUUCAAAUGUGUUAUACUUGUGUUAAUACCUUCAUUUUUAUGUUACUUAUAUAAAAAAAAUUUAGUAUUUUCUGAUUGAUGCUAUACUUCUGCAUGCUUCAUUUUAAUAAAUUACUAUAUAAUGAUUGCA